UUUCCAUCUUAGGGUUUCGAGAAUGCACAAAAGAAAAAGAGGGUCUGAAAUUCCAUGAAGAAAUGCUCUACCUUCAUAUGUCAGUGUCUUGUUGAUAUUUUCAGGUACAGACAUUUGAAGUUCAAACACGAUGUAACUUGGAUGCAUUACCUAUUUUGAAGUAUUUGGGGCUGAAAGAGAGGAUAGAGGUUCUGAUAUGUCAGUUACUUGAACGGUUUCAGAUAUUGAUAUGAUAUGGGGUAUUCCGUUCUAUGUCAAAAGCUAUGUCAAAUGGAAAACAGGAGAUUGGUCAUGGUGAUGAGUAUAUUAGCCACUGUUGUUUUAGUUUUCCAGUCUUUCAUGCUUCCGUAUGGAAAUGCUUUUUCAUCUAUCUUUCCUGCUGUUAAGGUAACGACACUGGUAAAAAGAAGCUACACGAGCGAAAAUUCUUCACACAGAUCUACAAGGAUCAGUGAGCUUCCCCAGUCAAGCAACUCGAUAAACUCAACUGAUUCAGCAGUUCUUGGAGUGUUAAAAAUCACAGAGGUUUCUAAUACUGGGGUAGAAACCUCGCAAGAUAACAAGAUAAGAGAAAAGGAGAGAGACUUGAGUGAUGAUUUUGCAUUAGACAAGGAUGGAGAUACGAAUUAUGAUUUUGAAUUAGAUGUAGAUGGAGAUCCAGACGUUGAGUUUUCAGUUGAGGAACUUGUAGAUGCCGGUAAUGAUCUUGAAGUAGAGAAGGUAAUACAUUCUGAUAAUGAUUCUAUGGUGGAAAUUACUAGAGAAAUGCAAAAUGGCCUUUCUCCAGAGAAGGUUAGAAAGCCAGGUGAUGGUUUUAUGUCAGACAUUAUUAUAAAAUCGGAUAGCACUUUGGCACUGGGGAAGGUUAGAAGCCCAGAUAACGAUCUUACAUCCCCUCCAGUCACGUUGUCCACAAUAGUUCCUGAUACGGAACGUAACGUUCUGGGAAAAUUGGAUGUAACUUAUAGUGAUUCUGCUGUAUCUGUUGCUUCCAAUGUGUCUUCUACGAGUAAACAAGCAACAGGAAUGCUUUCCAUUGUUGAAAAUUCAGGGCCAUUGCAAGGUGGUUUGGCCACUUUGAAGGAUAUUUCUAAAAUCUCUAGUAUUCGUAUCGUGAAGCAAGGGAAACCACCAAUUACAAUAUCUGUGAUGAACAGUAUAUUGCAACAAAGUCGUGUUUCUUCUCGUUCAAUGAGAACACAAUGGUCUUCUGCUCGUGACAAGGAACUUUUGUCCUCAAUGACACAAAUUGAGAAUGCUCCUAUUGUGAAGAAUGAUCAUGAACUUUAUGGCCCAGUUUUUCGGAAUGUCUCCAUGUUUAAAAGGAGCUAUGAGUUGAUGGAACGCAAACUCAAGGUUUAUGUAUAUAAGGAAGGAGAAAAACCCAUAUUCCAUAAGUCAUUACUUAGAGGAAUUUAUGCGUCUGAGGGAUGGUUUAUGAAACUGAUGGAGGGAAACAAGCAGUUUGUCGUGAAUCGACCCCGGAAAGCCCACCUGUUUUACUUGCCUUUUAGUGCGCGUAUUCUACGGACUACUUUGUAUAAACCUGAAUUACGCAGUCGGAGUAACCUGGUAGAAUAUUUGAAGGAAUAUGUGGACAAGAUUGCUGCAAAAUAUCCUUUUUGGAACAAAACUGGCGGUGCAGAUCACUUUCUUGUCGCUUGCCAUGACUGGGCACCAUAUGAAACCCGAAACCAUAUGAAGCAUUCGAUCAGAGCCCUCUGCAAUGCUGAUGCUUCCAAAGACUUCAAAUUAGGCAAAGAUGUGUCUCUUCCUGUCACAAAUGUUCGUUCUGGGCAGAAUCCUCUCAGAGACCUGGGAGGCAAACCAGCUUCUAAGAGGACGACUCUUGCCUUCUACGCUGGAAACAUGCAUGGGAGGCUCCGUCCAAUCCUACUUCAGUACUGGGAAAACAAAGACCCCGACAUGAAAAUCUUGGGCCCAAUGCCUCAUGGGGUUGAUAGUAAGAUGAUUUACAUCGAGCACAUGAAGAAUAGCAAGUACUGCAUCUGCCCGAGAGGAUAUGAAGUCCAUACCCCGCGAGUAGUUGAGGCCAUCUUCUAUGAAUGUGUUCCUGUGAUCUUAUCCGACAAUUACGUGCCUCCCUUCUUUGAGGUUUUGGAUUGGGAAGCAUUUGCAGUAUUUGUAGCGGAGAAAGAUAUUCCGAUAUUGAAGGACAUACUCCUAUCAAUCCCUGAGGAGAGGUACCUGACAAUGCAGAUGAGGGUGAAGAAAGUGCAACAGCACUUUCUGUGGCACAAGAAGCCUGUGAAGUAUGACAUCUUUCACAUGAUUCUUCAUUCAAUUUGGCUCAACAGAUUACAUCAGAUACGAAUCGGAUGACGGUGUAAAAGGUUUCGGAUUUUGGGUAUUUGGGAAAGAUGCAAGAAAUGCAGUCUAAGAGCAUCAGACAGGAAUUAUAGCAGCCUGCUCAUCAAUGAACUUAUCUGUUUUCUGAAAUGCUGCAUUCUGUACAUGUGGGGUCCAUAGAUCAGUGAUCCAAGCCAUCAAAUGCAGGUUUCUGUAUUGGAAGAUUCCAUAUGUUCGUUGUGGUGGCCUGCAAAUGGAUGACAGGGGGAAUUAAAAAAAAAAAAAACCACAUGUUGAAGGGACAGAUGUUCUGUUGCAGGAGAUUUCUGUAUCAUCUACAUGCAGAGUGAGAGCCUUCAAAUCAACUGUUCAGAUCAGCGGACUGUAGGCCAUACAUGUGUGAAUCCUGUGCAUUAACAUCCUAUUGACAAUUAGUUUCCUGUAGCAGACAAUGGGUUUUCAUUGCAGGGGUUUUUCCUUCUGUAGUACAGAAAGUCUGCUUUCUGUAGACAUAUUACUAAAGGUAGAAAAGCAGAAAGGAGAAGAAGGAAACAGAGAUAGGAGGAGAUGCUGAAGUUAGAAAUGUCAGGAAAGUAAUAAUCUCUUCUUCAUGCCAGGAUAUUUGAAUCAUCAAUCUGAACCGUGUAUUUUGUUUGCUCAACUUCUCAGUGCCAGUGUAAAACUCUUGUUUGGGCCCUGAGAGUGGAUUAGGUGGGCCCCAGCCUCACCCAAGGUUAAGCAGCCCUUUCCGUGGGGGCCACCUUGACGUACCAUAGGACACAGUGAUGAUUGACCAUUUAAAACUUCUUGUGGGUCCAACCAUUUGCAUGGUACGGAUGUCCUGGACAGGUUGUAUGUAGCUAUAAUCCUCCGCAUGUGUAAAAUUGUUCAGUGAUCCUUAAUCUAAAGUCUAAACCUGUGCUCUGAACUGAAAAGCCACCGAUGGAUAGGUCUAACACUUUUUAUCUUGCAUUUUGGAAAAUCCCAACCCUUGAAAUCGUUGGCCUACAGAAAAGGAUACAACUGUUCGUUUAAGA